CCUGCUCGCCGGGGCCCAGGGUUCACGCCCCGGCGCUUCUCGCCAGAUUUCGCCCCAGGCGACCUUUCAGUUCUCAGCGCCGAGCAAGGGGCCUCGGGGAGAGGGGCAAGGAGCACGGCCCCGUGCCCAGCAGCGCCAGCCGGGAGCGCUCGCGACAGAAAGCCGGUGGCCCCUCACCUCCACCUGGGAUGCAGGAGGGAACACUGGCCUAUUCUCCUGUAGGUCCUGCAGCGGCCACACCCCCCUUAGGCACCCAGGUCCAAGCCAGAUGUGAAGCUCAAGUGCAACUGCUGGGUGAGACUGGGAUCUGCAAGCUUCCAGGAAGACUCCGCCUCCAGCCGGCGCUGUGGAGCAGGGAGGACGUGCUGCACUGGCUGCGCUGGGCCGAGCAGGAGUACUCGCUCCCGGCGCCCCCCGAGCGCGGCUUCCAGCUGAACGGCCGCGCGCUCUGCAUCCUCACCAAGGACGACUUCCGCCGCCGCGCUCCAGGUUCAGGUGACGUCCUGUAUGAGCUGCUCCAGUUCAUCAAGACCCAGCGGCGAGCCCUGGUGUGCAGGCCCUUCCUCCCGGGGACCUGCAGGCAGAGGACGCGCCCCGGGCUGCCCCAGGCCCCGGAAGAGCCCGGCUGCAGGACCAGGGGGGUCUGCUCCUUCCCCAGGAUGCCACGGGCCCCCAUUGACGGCAGGAUCGCAGACUGCCACCUGCUGUGGGACUACGUGUACCAGCUGCUCCGGGAYGCCAGGUACGAGCCCUACGUCAGGUGGGAGGACAAGGACGCCAAGGUCUUCCGAGUCGUGGAUCCGAACGGGCUCGCCAGACUCUGGGGGAACCAAAAGAACCGGGUGAACAUGACCUAUGAGAAGAUGUCCCGUGCGCUGCGCCACUAUUACAAACUGAACAUCAUCAGGAAGGAGCCCGGGCAGAAGCUGCUGUUCAGGUUCCUGAAGACUCCAGAGGAGAAAGUCCGGCACAAGAGCAGCCACCUGGAGCAGCUGGAGAGCCAGGAGCAGGGYGGGAUGGACUUCAAGGACAAGAUGCUUGUGGUCCCUCUGUGAGCGGCCAGCAGGCUCCGGGCACAYGGAUGGGGCGGAGACCAAGYCUCCCCUGGAGGCAGCCCCCUGGCUCAUCGCAGGGCGGUGGGGAUUCCCAGCCAGAUGGUGUGAUCCUGGAAUCKUCGCUGCCAUCUGGAACUCCAAGCUGCCUGGGACCUGGGGUGGCUGAGAGCUGGGAGGCCUCACACCCAGGACACUGGGAGAGGCUGGUCGUCCUUUGUGUAAUGCAAACAGACUGGACUGUCUUGCUGCCCUACCCUGGUACCUGCCCAGCCCAGGAGAGGUGGCCAGGCUCUGGCCCUGCCCGAGAGAGGACUGGAGGUCCCUCACGGAGGCUCAGUUUUCCUCAUCUG